ACUCCCCCCUCCGGCCCCCUGGUACCAAAUAGGAAACGGCGAUCUUAAUAGAAAACCAGUCAAAUUGAAUGCAUUGGCUGUGUAGGUGACCUCAAACCCCAUUUCAGUCUAUAAAUAACAAUCAGCACGCACACCAAAAACACAUACUAUCACCACACCAAACACACUUGGGAUUCACAACUGUCCAAGAGCAAAGAGGAUGCCUUGUCUUGACAUUUCUACUAACGUUAACCUCCACGGAGUCGACACUGAUUCCCUCUUCUCUGACCUCACAAAAGCUGUUUCUCAGAUCGUCGGGAAGCCCGAGAACUUUGUGAUGAUUCUGGUGAAAGGAUCGGUAGCCCUUACAUUCGGAGGGAACAAAGAACCUGCGGCAUUGGGCGAAAUUGUAGCAAUGGGUGGCAUCGACAGUGAAGUGAAAAGAAAGCUGAUCGCCACAAUUGGUUCAAUUUUAGAGAACAAACUUUGCAUUCCUAGGACUAGGUUUGUCCUCAAGGUCUUUGAUACCACAAUGGGCCGCAGGAGCCCCAAGUUGUAACUCUACCAAGUUUUGUCCUGUCUUUCUCAGUUACAAUAAUGACUUAUCGUUGCGUCCUCCAUGUAUUUCUAAAUGCUUUCUCUUAAAAGAUAAAUAAGACCUAUAUAAUUUAGUAAAUA